AUGAUAAACGCUGUUUGUCCAUUGAGGAUAUCGACGAACUUGAAUUGCCUGUUUAGGACGUGGAUUAUUGUGCUGUACUUUUUGCAGGCCUGUCCUCAGCUUAAUACGGAAAUGGCGUCACUUAUCGACCGCAGAGACAUGAUACUCAGGACAGCAUUUUUUCUGCUCUCACCCCACACACCGGACAAAAGCUCGACCGGUAGCAGCUCGAACUCGCUCGACAAGCACAACUACCACGACCGAAGCGCAAACCCUCUCGGCGAGGGUGCAAAUGUGGGCGACAGUGGUGAAUCCGGUCCCGGCUCGUCGAACUACUUCGAGCAGCACAGUGACAGCGAGGAGUUGCUCAAGUACUACAAAAUGCCGAUGCAGUUCGGGACGGAGAACUACACCCUGGUGACGUCGCAGAUCGGCAGCACGGCUCACGUUCCCUGCAGGAUCCAUCACAUCGGUGAGGGCGUGGUGUCUUGGAUCCGGCGAAAGGACUACCAUCUACUCACCGUUGGCUUGACGACGUACAGCAGCGAUGAAAGAUUUAGUGCUACCCACCUGCAAAAUUCAGAGGACUGGACGCUGCAGAUAAAGUUUGUCCAGACUCGGGACGCCGGUUUGUACGAGUGUCAGGUGUCAACCCACCCACCAACGUCAAUAUUUUUGGAGCUGAAAGUGGUCGAGGCUCGCGCGGAGAUAGUUGGACCACAAGUGAAGUAUCUGACACCUGACUCCACGCUGAAACUGAUAUGCCGGGUGGUGCAGAGCACGGAAGCAACGGCGUUCAUUUUCUGGUACCACAACAACCGCAUGAUCAACUAUGACCUCGACCGGGGCAUCAACGUUUCCACCGAAGCCGAUUUCCACUACUCGGAGCUCACAAUAAGCCAGGCCAGCAAGGAGCACUCGGGAAAUUACACCUGCGUUCCAAGCAACUCGCAGCCAGCCAGCGUCGUUGUACAUAUAUUCAAAGGUGAUAAUCCAGCGGCCAUGUACCACGAGCACCGCAGCUCGUCAACGAUACCCUACCGGGACCGGCCGGUUGUGCUGUGGUUGCUGAGUUCGCUAAUGGUGCUGCUGCUCGUGAAUCGCUGGACAAGCCAAACCGUGCUGGCUGAGUCUUCAACCAGGCGUUCCAUCAUUGCAUCAGAGCAUGCCAUGAACACCAUGAGUGCGGCGGAUGCGUCCUGUCAGUUGGUUGACGUAGCAGGCGAAUCAAACCACGGUCAGGCUCGUAUCGACACGUGUCCGCCACAAACGGGACACCAAUCGAUCGUGUGUUUCUAG